AUGCGUACGCGUUCCAGUGCGUUAGAACGUUCAGAAGAUAACACGUUUGCACGCAUUCCAGACCAUUUAACCUAUGUACUGGCGGAAUUCCAUAUAAAAGAAGAAAAUGGACAAGUUGUCGCGGUUGAAUAUGACUUUUCUCAUAAUGGUGAUAGUGACAAUGAUAAAAAAUUUUCGUGUCCACGGCAAACCAUAUCCAUAGAAAACUUUUUAAAAUAUCAGCAAACGGAAAUAACAUGGGAUGAAUUUGUUACUGUAUUAAAAGCAUUUAUUCUCGGUGAUAAAUGUCAAUUAAAUGAAAUCAAUAAUGCAUUUAAAACUAUGAGCAAAAAUGGUUCAACAAUUGAUAUGGCUAAAGUUGCUAAAUUUUUAAAUAUUGUUGCUCGUGAAUUCAGUCAAACAGCAACUGGUGUUACAGAUGCAGAUGUUGAAAAGUUCAUUUUACAAGGCGAUGCAAAUGGCGAUGGCAAUAUUGAUCGACCCGAGUUUAUUCAGAUGUUUGCCAGUAGAAUUGGAUAUUUGUUUGUUUCAUCUAUACAUUCGAACUGA